AUGGGAAGAAGUGGGAAUGUAUUUUGGGGGAUAAUGGUAUUUGGUGGUCUAACCAUUUUAGCUCUAAUACCAUUUACACUCUACCUUAUCAACUCCCUUUCCCCAACCAUCAUUCACGGUCUCUCACUUGCAAAAGUCACUGGUGAAUUCGUAGAGUCGUCGACUAAUCAGGCGAUCAAGGUCAGAGUGAGAGUAGGACCAUCAGGUGGAUGCGUUUGGUCGAAUCUGACCGAAUCUAUCUCCUGUGUUUCGCUUAUACCUUACAAACCCACUCCUGAAUCAAUUCACUUGGCAAACAACGAAAGUAUCACCUCGUGUUUCCCUAUCGCUCUUGGUAAAGCAUUAGCUUUGAAUCACGUUACGACUGCGUUCAUGGGUUUGAGCAUAUUGGCUAUAUUGGUGGAUUGUUUAAUACUCCAAGGUGGUAUCUCCCUGGCUAUAGUAUACCUGAUGGUUCUAUUCAUGUGGAUCACCUUUAUUCUCGAAACGGUCUAUAUCAGUGUCUUGCAUAAACGUCUCGAUAAGAUUAAUCAAGGUGAUAAUGACAAUGGAAAUUGGGACUAUAAAGUUGGAGAAGGGUAUUGGUUCGUUUUAGCCGCUACUAUAUUGGUAUCAUUGGUUACCUGUGGAGGGAAUUUCUCCAUCGACAGUAACUGA